UGCAUUGUCUCGAACAUUCCUUAAUGGCUAUAGAGAUCUUGUUUGAUAAUUCAGACUGGUCCACCGUACCCCGGCUCUCAUUCUCGGGAGAUCUCUCUCUUGCCGAUCGGUUCGACGACGACCACCGGGAGGAUUCCUCCCUUCUUCAGUCCCCUUCCAGUGAUUUCUGCUUUUGUGUUCCCCAGCAGAAUUGCUCUUCAUCUGCAGACCAGCUUUUCUCUAAUGGGAAGAUCCUCCCACUUGCGCCUCUCUGUGCUCCUCCUCGGCGGUUCUCCCCUCCAUUUUUAAGGAAAGAGAGCCUCCAAGAGGUCCCGGACAGAUCAAAGAAGCCGGCUCCGACGACGGAGGCAUCGAAAUCCUUCUGGUGUAAUUUCGGCAGAAGCAGCAGCUUGAAUUGCAGGAGCAUCACCAAGUCUGCUUUCCUGUGUUCUCUGAGCAGACUGACAAGGAGCCAAUCGGUUGGAACAAGCACAACAGAGGUCGCUUCUAAGAAGGCUGCGGCAGCGGCGGCAGUGCCACCGGCAUCGGCAAAGCCCGGCAAGAGGCCGACGAGGAAGAAGAAGGAGCACAACAAUGGAGUUAAGGUCAAGCCUGUUCUAAACGUCCCAACGCCAUAUAUUUCUAGAGGGAAGAGCAGCUUGUUCAGCUUCGGAUUUUUCUUGUGCAGAAAAGAGAAGAAUAGGAAGGCUUGCUUUUGAUCUUACUUCUACUG